CUGUGUUGCGUUGUGUGAGCGUUUUGUUGCUUUGCUUGAGAGUGUUUUCUGAUGGAGAAGAAAGGCAUUUGAUUUCUCCUGUUUUUUUCAAUUAUCUAAUGGGCUUUCGCUGAGUCUUUGCCCGUUGAUGCGUCAGUGUGAACUGGCUGCAGUCACAGCACCCCUGCCAUGGCGGAAUCGGCUGCAGGUGAUAGUUCUCCGAGCUCACAAUCUCCGAGAAAGCGGCGUUUGACAACGAAAGAGAAUCGUCUAUUUGAAAUCUUAUUCUUGCCAGACGAUGGCUCUUCGGCCACGGAGUUCCGUGGGUUCUUCUCCCAGGAUCUUGGCCUGCAAGCCUACAGGUCGCCGAGUGGAUGCGACACUGGGCAGGACUCUAGACCAGGUUCGCCAUUGCUGGACAACACUGCCUGGUUCAAUGCGCGAGAGAAAGAACAGCAUCAAAGUAACGAGAGCGUUUGUCGCUCGCGUCGCAGUCAGCCAGAGCCGGUACUGGCCAAGAAACGGUCCGGUCGCGUCGUGAAGACGACGGCCAAGAUGCAGGAGCUGUUGGAUACGUCGCCAAUUGAGCGUUUCAGUAACAUGUCACGAUCGUUUCACGAUGGCUUGAGUGGCGAGAGUUUGCUGCGUGCGGAGUUCCGCAGUACGUUGCACUCGCCCGUGGCUGCACCGUCUGGUGGCGUGAGUAGUAGUGUAGGCGCUGGAUCUGCAAUGUCCUCGCCAGCACGCAGUGGCACUGUGUCCCGGAGCAGCAGCAAGUCCAGUGUGUCAGUAGCUGCCAGUCGCAGCAACACUGCUGUUUCUACUCCGGCCAGUGGAUCCGUAUCUGCCAGUAGCAGCACAUCUGCUGUUUCUACGUCGGCCAGUGUAUCAGCAUCUUCCAGUCGUAGCAGCGCAACUGCUGUUUCUACGUCGGCCAGUGCGGCUGCUAGCAUCACGUCCCGUAGCCGGCAGCCGACCGUUUCAGCCGCAGUGACCCCGGUGGCAUCGUCAACGGCGACGGUGACGGCUACGGCAAGCCGGGACGAGCCACGUCGCCGCCACAGCUCUGCAGACGGCGGUCGUCGUCGGCAACGCCAUCGUCAUGGCAUGAGCGUGUUCCGAGCGCGGCGCCGCGCGCGCCGCGCCACGGACGGCGAUCGGGCGGCGUUGCCACGGAAACCACGUGACCGCGGCAGGAGCAGAGUGCGGCGCACCGACUUCACACGGCCUGCGCCGGCGGAGGGGGUCAUGCGGCGUCUGCGACCGAGACUGGAAUCGGAAACGGGCGAUAACGAAGCCGCGGUCGCUGUUGGUAGCGACAUCAAGACGGAAGCUGGUGUGCCCUCGACCACAUCCGCGUUGAGACGUAAGCAGGCAGCGCCGCAACAGCAGCCGCAGCAGCAGCAGCCAUCGGCGGACAUGCCUUUCGGUGCUCGUCCCGCGCCGCCCGUGCGCACGCGCAUCUCGAGUACGUCCAGCGGCACCAGCAGCACGGUGACUACGGACGACGAGCGUCGCAGAGGCGCCGAGCAUGCCACACACCCAUCCGCUGGCAGCAGCGGCGGCAGCACCACGGCAACCAUAUCCGUUCGCCGCAAUCGCAUCGUAACCCAGCUCAAGCAGCGCGCCCACCAGGUGGCCGCGCAGAAGCAGAAGCGCAUCAAUGCGGUGGCCAUAGCCAAGAAACCCGCCACGACACCAUCGCCGUCAUCAUCAUCAUCACGCUCCAAGGCUACGUCACAGCAGCACCGACUCGCGGCCGGUUCGCUAGUAGUCGAAGUCGAACCACUGGAGGAACCGGUGGUAGCCGCAUCGCGCUCGGCAGUACGCAAACACCUGGCCCGCAGGUCAGCGCAGAGAUUGAAGCUCGUCACCGACUCGCUGUACACGAGCGACGAGGACAGCGACGGAAUGGACGACUUCGACGACUUUGACGACUUCCGCUGUAACCAGGCCGACGAUCAGGUCAUGGACGUGAGCUCUGGCGACGAUUUCAAGCCGCCGGCCAAGAAGUUUGUGCUGAAGCGUAAGCACGCCGAUGUGCCGUCGUCGUCUCAACGUGACACGGGCGCGUCCAGUGCCAGUGAUCGUGACUACACUCCGCACAGUGCUUCCAGCAGUGGCCGUCGCAAGAAGGUCUCCCUCGCAUCCAGCAAAGCACAUCAGCAGCAACAGCAACAGCGUCAGGAGUUGUUUGCAUGCGAGUCAGCUGACGACAUGACCACCGUUGUCCAUCUGGACCUGCUGGACGAGAUGGACCGCCGCAAGUACGAGACGCCCACCGGGCGGCGUGCGCGCGGCCGCCCGCCCAAGAUGCUGUCUCAGCCGCAGUCGUCGUCCGCCGCUGCAACUCCUAGCAGCCGCCGAGCACGUGCGGCCGACACUCGCCGACGGUCCGCUGCUAGUACGACGGUAUCGGAUGCAGAGCACGAAUCAACGACAACUGCAGCGGCCGCGCAGACCGGUACACCGCAUCGUCGUGGUCGCGGUCGACGAGUAGUCGCGUCCAAGCCCUCUGCCGACGAUACUCCCGCCAGCAGCGGGCGUGAGGGCAAGUCAACCGAGUCACCGCCAGCGCACAGCAGCAGAGGCAGAAGGCUCAAGUCGUCAUCGCCCAUCCUCAAUCUGCUCAGGGAUCGAUCACCACCCACCAGCAGCACCAGUAGCACCAGCAGCAGCAAGACGCCGAAGAAACGAGACAGCGGCUCGGCGCAGCGCAAACAGGACUCCACCAGCAGUGCAUCCAAAACAUCGUCAACAUCUGCAGCAGCAACAGCAGCAGCAGCAGCAGCAGCAACACCGUCAACAACGUCAGCGACGCCAGUUCCGCCAAAGGCCGUCGUGGAAGCGGCAGCCGCGAUUGCGGGCGUGGAGCCGGACGACGCCCGUGUGAUAACGCGCACGGGCACGUUUCGCAAGCGUGCCAUGCGCUGCGGCCAGUGCGAGCCGUGCCUGACGGAGAACAACUGCGGUGUGUGCUCCAACUGCCUGGACAAGCGCGAGUUCGGCGGCAAGAACAUCAAGAAGCAGGCGUGCAAGCUGCGCAAGUGCGCCAACCCCAUCAUGCCGAUCGUGGUGCCGUCGGCGCUGCGCGACGCCGCCAUGGCCGCGGGGCCGCAGCGCGAGCCCUCGGACCCGGCCGGCCCGCGCAUGAAGAAGAAGACGCUCAAGUUCGAGCUGAUUGAGGCGGCCAAGCGCGAGGAGAGCGAGGAGCGCCGUCGUCAGCAGAUUCAGCGCGAGGAGGCGCGACUGCAGCGGGCCGCUUCUCGCGCCACCGACUCGGCCGCCAAGCGUGAAAUACAGGCGGCGGCCAGAGAGUUGAAGCGGCUCAAGAAGCUCUCCGAAGUCCGGCGUCCGUCGGUCGAUGACAGCACGCCGAAGGAGAAGCAGAAGCAGCGUAAGCAGGCGUCAUCUGCGUCAUCGUCGCAACAGGACAAAACCGACGCCAAGUCCACGCUGGAGAGUCUGCCCACGCAGGUCACCACCACGGCGCAGCGCGGGCAGUCGCGCGUCAUGCCGCACACGCGCGACAACAUGACCGUCCAGGAGGCGUGCGCGGACGGCUACGCUGUGGCCACGGCCCGGCCGCUCACCGAACCCAUGUGCUAUCUGUGCGGGACCGGUCGUACAGGCAGCACUGCUGUUGACUGCGGUAAUAGCACCGGUACGAUGAUGGAUGAGCUGCGCUUCUGCGAGGCGUGCUGCGAACCAAUGCACUCGUUCUGCUUUGUGGCUGCGCUCGGCGACGCGCACGUAGAGUUGCCAGACCUCCGGCCGUGGUCGGACGCGUCUGUUCCGUUCUUCUGCUCGCGCUGCCGCACGUGCGUCGUCUGUUCUCGUGCGGCGUCCGCGUCCAGCACCGGCACUCUGCUGGAUUGCAGCCGGUGUCGUCGCCUCCACCACCCGACCUGUUUGCCGCCGCAGCAUCCCACCAAGCCGUGUCGACGCAAUGACGACAACUGGUUCACACCACCCUCGUCAUCAUCCGCGAAAGACGGUGGCGAUGACUCAUCGCCGUCGUCUCCCCCCAGCUGGCUGUGCCCGCGGUGCAUCAUGUGUACUAGCUGCGGCGCGGUGUCCGCCGCCUGGUCGCCCGACCCGCUCACCUGCCUGGUAUGCCAUCGGCGGCGCAUCAACGGCCACUUCUGCACGAUCUGCGACCGCACGUACCCGGACGACGACUUCUCCCUGGCUAUGGUUUUCUGCAUGGACUGCAAGCGCUGGAUCCACGCCUCGUGUCAGCGCCUGACCAACGAGCAGUAUCAGAUCCUCGGCGAGCUGCCAGAGGACUCGGUCACGUUUGUCUGCAGCGCCUGUCAGCCGAACGCCGACGGCGUGACGCCCGAGUGGGUCACGGCGGUGCUGGAGGAGACGACGGCCGGCCUUCAGAAGGUGUUCGCCGCACUCAAGACCAGUCUGUCCAAGUGCAAGGAUGCGGAGCGACCCUACUGGCCUCCAGCCGGCCUGAAUGAGAACAAUCUGGACGCUCUCACCGCCAUGAUGGAAGACGAUGACGACGAUGCGGCCGCCAUGGCGACGGGACCUAGCAACGGCGGCGUUCAUCGCAGCUUUGACCGUCUGCUGCGGCGCAUCUGUGUGCGUGUCGACCGUAACGACUACGCCACCGUCGGCGAAUUCCAUCACGACAUUCUGGCCUUCCUGGAAGUGCUUGGCAAGCAGCCGCGAUCGUUUGAGCAUGUGGCUCUCCUGCGCUCCGGGUUCAGCCGUACGAUGCGUAAGCUGUUCCCGUGGUACGAGGUUAACAAGCCGCCCGUUCCGGAUGGCGGUCGCGACGUGGAGGGACCACCCGUCAUCGUGCGCCGUACCUCAACCACCAGCGAUCCAGCUCUCAGUUUCCCGCAGCCAGGCGGCGAUCACUCCUAUGCAAGACGAGUUGCAAGCUCAUCGGCAACAGCGACGUCAUCAGUAUCCGAUGCCGGCGAUGUCUUUGUUUCCGACCCGUCUGUUCCGUCAGUGGCUACCGGUACGCUAAAUGUGGCGUCCACCUCGUCUGCCGUCGCCGAUCCCGCGGGCGUGGGCACAUCCGAUGCAGUGUGUCUUAAUGAACCUCGGGAUGACUCCGCCACGCACACAGCUCAGAGCAACAACAACAGCAGCAGCAGUCCGCCAGGCACUAGUUCAAGUGUGUUGAGUGGUGGCACGUCAGUGAUGGUCACUGGCAGUGUAUCAAGCAACACCGCCACCACCACUGUGUCAGCAGCCAGUACAACGACAGCUGUAACGACCCACCGACAGUCAGCACGGCAGCUUAUUGCCUUUGAGAGCGCCGAGGAGGACAAGCGCCAGUGCGGCUUCUGCGGCGGCUGCUCAGAUGAUAUUACCAACACAAGCAGCAGCAGCAAUAGCAUCACCACGGCCACCAGCAACAGUGCCUCUGGUGCCGCAGGCAAUCGUUCGUCGGAAUCCCAAGAUCGCGGUCGUCUGAUGAUGUGCACAUCUGACGAGUGGGUUCAUUUCAACUGUGCGCUCUGGUCGUCGGAGGUGUACGAACGGGAGGAUGGCACACUGAUGCAGGUGCAGGCUGCGAUGAUGCGAUCGCGUCACCUGCGCUGCGAGGUGUGCGACUCUAGCGGUGCCAGCGUUGGCUGCUGCCACGGCCGCUGCCCGAAAUCGUUCCACUACCUGUGCGCGCGCCGCAACGGCUGCACGUUCCUCGCCAACAAGAACGUCUUCUGCCGCGAGCACGGCUCCUCGGCCAAGAGCAAGCUGGCACUGGUCGAGAGUCACUUCAAGCUGGACCGUCGCCUGGUGGUGGACCUGGGUAAGCUGCGCGCCAUGCGCCGCUACCAGUUUGGUAUGCUGCCCAGCGAGGUACGCCUGUCCGUGGGUGGCCUGCGUGUGCUGCAGCUCGGCGACAUCAAGGCGGCGUCCGACCGAGCCUCGUACCUGCUGCCGGUCGGCUUCCGCAGUCAGCGCGUCUUCUGGAGUGUGGAGUCGCCCGACCGCCUGUGCGUGUACACGUGCACCAUCGUCGAAGAGCUGUGGCCCGAAGAGGAGGAGGCCGCGGACGCGAGCGGGCUGCACGCCGAGAACUCUCUGGCCGUGGCACAUUCCGUGAUUGAUCACGACGCCGACGAUAGCGCCACGCACAGCCCAGUUGUGUCACACAGCAGUAGCUCUACUCACAAUACCACAACAGCAGCAGCAGCGACGGAGCAUAACUCUGAACGCGUCGACACGUCAGCUGACAGCUGCUCAGCCUUGCCCGUUCUUGCAGGCGAACUCCUCUUCGAACAGCAGCAGCAGGAGCAGUGUUUGCCUCUGGUUAAUUGCCAGCAGGUGGAGGCACUCAUGGAUGUAUCUGAGAGCGUUAUGGAAGUGGAGCAACACGGCGAUGAACAUCGGCAGCAGUGCUCAACUGACAAUCACUUGGAUGCUUCAGAGGUAGCCAUGGACCUAUCAGAUAGUAUUGUCUUUGAAAUGUCAAACGCCAUGGACGUAACGUCAGAUACCAGUGUCUCUCAAGCCGAUGACGCCUCAACCUAUCCCAGCGUCACAUUGCCAGAUGCAGCUGCAAAAAUAGCUACCACACCAGCGCCGGCAGCAGGAAUCGUGUCAGCAACGGCGCCAACAACGGCAGCAGUAACAGCAACAGCAGCGCCAGCACCAACGGCAGCAGUAACAGCAACAGCAGCAGUAACAGCACCAACGGCAGUAACAGCACCAACGGCAACAGUAACAGCAACACCAGCAGUGGCAGCAACAGCAACGCCUGCACAAACAGCAGCAGUAACAGGAACAGCAGCGUCAGCACCAACGGCAGCAGUAACAGCAGCAACAGCAGCGCCUGCAACAACGGCAGCAGUAACAGCAGCAACAGCAGCGCCUGCAACAACGGCAGCAGUAACAGCAGCAACAGCAGCGCCUGCAACAACGGCAGCAGUAACAGCAGCAACAGCAGCGCCUGCAACAACGGCAGCAGUAACAGCAGCAACAGCAGCGCCUGCAACAACGGCAGCAGUAACAGCAGCAACAGCAGCGCCUGCAACAACGGCAGCAGUAACAGCAGCAACAGCAGCGGCAGCUACACCGACAGUGGCAACAGUAACAACAGCAGCAACAGUGAGUGCUAUUGAUGUCACCACUGAGCAGGAGCAGCAGCAGCCGACACACGAGCAGCCAGCAUCAGUAACUACAAUGGAUAUUGUUAGCCUAAGCCAGAGUGACACUGGCACACAGGGCGAGACUGGCUGUGCUCGUGCUGAGCCAGUCUCAGCGAAGAGAAGGCCUUCUAGUAAUUGCAACUCGGCACAUUCACCGCAGCAGAACGUCAUUUCUGAAACCGAUGUUGCUUCAUCGGUGUCCGCUGCGGGAGCCGUGCCAUCACCUCCAGUAACAGCAGCAGCAGCAGCAAAUACCACAGCAGUAGCAGCAGCAGCAACGACAACAACUGCCACAGAACCCGCAGCAGCAUCAGCACCAGGCAACGUUGUUCCAUUGCCUUCCCCUGUGAGUUGCGCACAACCGACCACCAACUCUGUACCAGAACCGUCUGAAGCGAUUCUGGCAACUGUCGAAUCCGUCUCAACGGGCACAACCCCACCCACGCAAACCCUGGACCAACACAUACAGCAACAACAGCAUCAAGUAGACAGUGACAGUGCUCUGAACAGCUCCCUGGGUGAAGAAGACGUCAACUCGGCGGUCCGCGAGGCUUUCAAAGCGGUGCAGGAGUUCAGCAAUUCUGUUGCCGCGUCGUCAUCUCUACCGAACGGCCUGUCCUCCUCGGCGGCAGCAGCUGACGGUGGCUGCAAUCCGCAGCGCAAGCAGAAGCUGCUUCACGAGCGCGCCAUGGAGCUGUGGAGCGUGUCGUCGCAGCGCCUGGCCACCGCCAGAACGCCGGCCGAGAAGGUUGGCUGCAUUGGCGAGCUUCAGCGCGGCCUGCUCGAGCUGGCACAGCAGCGCUCUAACAAGCCCGUGCCGGCCGCAUUGCAGGCACCCGCUGCGUCGAGCGCAGCCACAGCUCUCGACAUCAAGCCAGUGCUGGUGGCGAACGAGAAAGCACCAGCGGCACCCGAGACCUGUACCGAGCUGGCAAGCACGUUUGGCACUCCGACUGUGAACUCGUUAGGCAACCAUGGUGUUUCUCUAGUAGAGCCAUCAGCCUGUGAGCAGCAGCAACAGCAAGCUGAACUGGCGAUUGCCAGCGCCGGCCCCGCUCACGGGGUCUCGGUGGCCGAUCUACCACUCAUCUACGGUAUUGGUGAUGACGUCGCUGCGCUGAGCAAUGCCGUGACCGUUGCCACGUUGACUGUACCCGACUGCGUCUCCAUCACGACGACGAGUAGUACCAGUGACACCACCGCCAGCAACAGCGUCAUCACCGGCCUGCCGGACUACCUAACGUUGGCCGGUAGCCGAGCACUGGACAUCCUGGCCAGUGGAAGCUCCAUGGCUUGCUGGCAACCGCAGCCAUUGUCCCUAGUAGCAGCGCCCCCGUUGCCCACCAUCACUGCGCCGGUGUGCGCCGCAAGCUAUCAGCAGCAGCAGCAGUCGCUUCGUCAGUCCACGGCUGUCCUGCCCGGUAUUCUCAAACCGGCCUCGCCGAGUUCGGGCGCCUCGUCAUGCUCGCCGUCCAGCAGCCGUGCCUCGCGCUCGGCCAGUCCGUCAUCAUCACCCUCGUUGUCCAGGGCUAGCGCUCACUCAUCGUCCUCGUCCCUGGCCGCCGAUAGCUCCGUUGUUUCGCUGCCGGACACAGAAGGUGACUUUGCGGCACAGGUGGCCGCACUCGAGGAGGCCGCCUCCAUCCUGCCCAAGAGGAGGCGCAAGCAGACGAUAUCCACUAUCGAGACCGACCUGCAGCCCAUGCUGGUGCAUGCUAAGGUUCCUCGAAACUCUGCCAUCCUCAACUCGUCCGCGUCACCGUUGAAGCAGCCGCACUCGUUCUCGCCCGUGCGUCUUCAGCCGCAGCACGCCCGCCUGCAGGUCAGUCCAUCACUGCCCUCGUCCCUGCAUGCCUCGGGCUUCGCCGCCUCGCUGCAGAGCAGUCCGGCCUCGACAACAUCAUCGAGCUCCACCACGCCAGCUGUGUCACACACGUCACCAAACAAUAACUCGCAACCUAGCUCGCAAUCUCCCACCACUAUCAUGAUGGAGUCGUCCGUGCUGCACAAGCCGUCCGCACGCACGACGUCUUGCGUCGACGCGUUCUUUGGCCGAGAGGCCAGCAGCAGCAGCGUCGGUAACUCCAACAGCGCGUCGUCGUCUCUUUCUCCUCUCCUCAACCCCUCCAGUGCGUGCUCCUCGUCCGCAUGUUCUUCAUCGUACUCGCCCGUAAAAGCAAGUAGCCUGCUUUCGGCCGGUAGCACAGCGGAUAGUUCGUUCACCGCGGACUCUGCCGUUGAUCAGCGUCAUGCUGGCGGUUCAAUGCCCGUCACCGUCCGCUUGCAGGGAGCGUCCAGGUUCAUCCAGCAGAUGUUCGCCGCCGCACCAGCAACAGUGCCGCCGGCAGCUGGCCGCGCGCCAAAGCCGAAGCGCGACUCUCGCCCGCUGAGUGGUCUUGCCGGCGUGCGGUCAAUACUUUCGGAGAACAGCUCAUCUGGAACCUUGGGUGAGUCGCCAGUCACGAUCGGCGAAGCCAGCAACUCCGUUCGUUUUAACGCUGCCGAUUGCGUGUCCCCACCACCGAUACACUCCGAGACCGUCGUGGCAGGCUCCGGCACUAGCACGGUCGAUGCAGUGAAUCUAUCAGAGCAUGUGGAUGUGACGUCCACACAGCAUCAUGGUCCUCGCUCGUCACGCAAGUCCGUGUUCAUUCCCAAGACACUGCGACAUGCUCAUCGUCCUGUGUCGGCCCUAUCACCAUCGUCGUCGUCCCAGGUUGCUACAGGCAACUCGUCCAUCCGUCACGCCAAGUUCUCUCCGCGCCCGGGUAGUGCCGUGGCGCGUGUCAGCAUCCGCAGCUCUGACGGCUCCUUCGACCGGGACAGUCUGCAUCCGGACGAACUCUGGCAAGCGCUCACCAGUCAACUGGAGGAAGCACGCGCUCAGCGUGGCAUGC